AUGGUUCCGUUGAGAGGACGUCUAGGUUUCCGUCAAUAUAUGCCAGGCAAGCGACACAAGUUUGGUAUAAAAUUGUACAAAUUAUGUUUACCGGAAAGCUACACAAAAUAUGUCGUAAUUUAUGCUGGUAAAAACGGCAAAGUAAUCAAAAUAUGUCAUUCUCAAGAUGUGGUGAUGAAAUUACGAAAUGCGUACCGGGAAAAAAAGUCGCAGAAGAAAAAUGUUUUACUGAUGUCCACAUUUGAGAAGGCUCAGAAUAAACGACUACAAUCAGGAAAAAGGAAUGCACAAAUACAGGUCGAAAAACCAGCAAUCGUAGCUGAAUAUAACAAACACAUGGGAGGCGUAGACACGUCUGACAUGAUGCUAUAUUCAUACUUAGAUGAAAGAAGAGCCAUCAAAUAUUGA